UCCCACGCCAAACUCCCUCCCCCAUAAGACUCUACACCACCACUACUCGCCGGAGCUUCCAUCUGAUCUUACGACUGGUGAACGGAGUAGCAAAGAAGAUGGCGACGGUGGACGAGAUUUUGAAGGGUCAAAGGGCAGAGGGAGUUGCUAGUGUUUUGGCUAUAGGAACUGCAGUUCCAUCUAAUUGCAUUGAACAAAGCACAUAUCCAGAUUACUAUUUUCGUAUAACAAAUAAUGAGCAUAAAACUGAGCUCAAACAGAAAUUCAAGCGCAUGUGUGAAAAGUCAAAAAUCGAGAGGCGAUAUAUGCUGCUAACAGAAGAGAUUCUAAAAGCAAACCCAAAAAUCUGUGCCUACGAAGCUCCUUCUCUCGACUCUAGACAAGACAUUGCCAUCGUCGAAGUUCCAAAGCUCGGAAAACAAGCCGCCGUCAACGCCCUCCGGCAAUGGGGCCGCCCCACCGCCGACAUUACCCACUUAAUCUUCUGCACCAGCAGCGGCGUCGACAUGCCCGGCGCCGAUUACCGCCUCACCAACCUCCUCGGCCUCCGCCCCUCCGUCAAGCGUUUCAUGAUCUACCAACAGGGCUGCUUCGCCGGCGCCACCGUCCUCCGCCUCCUCAAAGACCUCGCCGAAAACAACCGCUCCGCCCGUGUCCUCGCCGUCUGCUCCGAGAUCACCGCCGUCACGUUCCGUGGGCCGAGCGAGUCCCAUCUCGACAGCCUGGUGGGCCAGGCCCUAUUCGGCGAUGGGGCCGCUGCAAUCAUUGUGGGCUCGGAUCCAAUUCCUGGGCUUGAAAGGCCCAUUUUCGAAAUAAUCUCUGCGGGCCAAACCAUUUUGCCUGAUAGCGAUGGGGCCAUUGAUGGGCAUUUACGUGAAGUUGGGCUAACAUUUCACCUUCUCAAGGAUGUUCCUGCGCUUGUGUCCAACAACAUUCGGAGAACUCUUGUAGAGGCUUUUGGGCCUUUGGGCCUUUCUACUGAUUGGAACUCGAUUUUCUGGAUUGUACAUCCUGGUGGGCCGGCGAUUUUGGACCAGAUUGAAAUGGAAUUGGGCCUUGAGCCUGAGAAGUUGCGAGCCUCGAGGCACGUGCUUAGGGAGUACGGGAACAUGUCGAGCGCGUGCGUGUUGUUUAUUUUGGAUGAGAUGAGGAAGAAGUCAAUCCAAAAUGGGGAUAAGACCACUGGGGAAGGACUCGAAUGGGGAGUGUUGUUUGGGUUUGGGCCUGGGCUUACUGUUGAAACUGUAGUCCUUCGUAGUGUGCCUAUUUAGAGGCCCAAUUCAUGGGCCCAUAUAAUUAGAUGGGCUAUUGGUUACUCAGUUUUAGGUCCAUUUGAUGUGACUAUCGUGCGAGUAUUUUGCUUUAUAUGCUUGAAUGGUGGUAUUUCUUAUAAUUUGAGACUACAUAAACUUGUAAUCUAACUUUUGCAUUAUUCAGUUGUUAAUUUUGAGGUAUUUUUAUCCUAGGAUGAAAAUACCCAUAGAUAUGUCAAUAUAUCUAUAAAUCAAAGGGUUCGAUAUCGAUAUUAAAUAUCUAUGGAUAUCUCCAACAUCUGUUAUAAAUGCUCAUAAAACAUAAAAAUCCCAUUCAUUUAGUCUAGUAUGAACAAAAAUAAUUAACUACAUCACAAGGAGCAUCUAUCUUUGUACAUUCCGUUAAAUUGUUUAAUCAUAAUUUGUCAUGUAACAAAUUCUUCCUAUCUCUUUUUUGAAAUAUUUUCUUUAUGUGUCAGAUAAGAGUAUAAUGCAUAGAAAUGGGAGAUGCAUGAGAUGCACCCUAGUAUGAAUAUGAUUACUAAUGACAAUAUUCAUAACUUAGUUUUAGAGUAAGAACAACUUAAUUAUAAUUCUAAAUAUGUUUUUAUAAAUUUUGUGACUUACAAAAAUUCAUUGAUAUCGAUAUUUUAUCAAUAUAUCUGUAAAUUUGAAAUCUCAAUACUAAUAUCGACAUCAAUAUUUUAAUCU